AUGGAAAUUGGGCGAGCAAAUCCGGAGCCGGAGACUACCUCUGAUCCGCUUCUCCGUGAAUCAGCCAGCUGUUCCAUCCUUCCCGGCCUCCGACCCACAGUGGGAUCCUCAUGGUGGCAGCGAAUUCACAGCAACCAUCGCAAGGAGCCAAGGUGGUGGGUCCGGGCAAUUCUGAAAAUAAGAGAGUGGUCAGAGAUCGUAGCUGGUCCACGGUGGAAGACUUUUACCCGCCGAUUCAACAGCGAUUAUCGCCGCGGCCGCGAUUGGGACGAUAGUGCCAAAUUCAAAUACGAUCCUUUGAGUUACAAGUUAAGUUUCGAGAAUGAAAACGAUGCUAGAUUCGGUAGAUUCCAGAGCUUCUCGAUGCGUUACGCUUCCGUCCCCGUCGUUUCCGGUAAAGCUACCACCGUUAUCAGCGUUGACGCCGAGAAAUAA